GACGACCCGAUUGAAGCUUCCUUCCUUAAACAUCUCGACCUUCAAGCUCCUACCCCUCCACCAAUACCUCGACAGGCUUCGAAAAUCCAUCGUGGAAGAGCCAACACACUCUUUGUAGCCAUGGCGCCAGCACAGGACACCAUGUUCCGGUCUGCGGACAUGAGCAUGGUCCAACUUUACGUCGCCAGAGAAAUAGGCCGCGAGAUUGUAAAUGCAUUAGGAGAGCUUGGACAGAUUCAGUUUCGAGAUCUUAAUUCGGACACAACUGCUUUUCAGCGAACGUUUACUCAGGAGAUACGAAGACUUGAUAAUGUUGAGAGGCAACUGCGAUACUUUCAUGGACAGAUGGAAAAGGCCGGUAUUCCUCUACGCAAGAUCGAUUUCGACGUCGACACCUUAGCAGCACCCUCUACCUCCGAGAUUGACGAACUCUCCGAUCGAAGCCAGAGCCUCGAAGAGCGCAUAGCACGCUUGAACGACAGCUAUGAGACGUUGAAGAAGAGAGAGGUUGAAUUGACUGAAUGGAGAUGGGUUUUGAGGGAAGCGGGAGGAUUCUUCGACAGAGCUUAUGGAAACGUGGAGGAUAUCCGCGCCUCAAGCGAUAACGAUGAUGCACCAUUGCUCCAGGAUGUCGAACAACAUGCCCAAGGCCAGAAUGGAGAUGCAGAGCGUUCACUGACCGGCAUGAAUAUCGAAUUUGUGGCAGGGGUCAUUCCUAGGGACCGUACCGCAGCUUUCGAGCGUAUCUUGUGGCGUACUCUGCGAGGAAAUCUCUACAUGAACCAGUCCGAGAUCCCCGAAGCACUCGUCGACCCCACAAAUAACGAGUCUAUCAACAAGAACGUCUUUGUUAUUUUCGCGCAUGGAAAGGAGCUUAUUGCAAAGAUUCGCAAGAUCUCCGAGUCUCUUGGUGCAGACUUGUACGGCGUGGAUGAGAACCUUAAUCUCCGUCGUGAACAGAUCCUGGAGGUCAACAAUCGUCUCGGUGAUCUCGGCAGCGUCCUUCAAAACACCAAGACUACUCUCGAUGCAGAGCUCACCCAGAUCGCACAAAGCUUGGCUGCUUGGAUGGUCAUUGUUAAGAAGGAGAAGGCUGUUUACCAGACCCUGAACCUCUUUUCAUAUGAUCAAGCUCGGAAGACCUUGAUCGCCGAGGCCUGGUGUCCAUCAAAUUCCCUUCCUUUGAUCAAGUCGACUCUCCACGAUGUGAACAACAGGGCUGGACUAUCUGUGCCCUCGAUCAUCAACGAAAUUCGCACGAACAAGACCCCGCCAACAUACCAGAAGACGAACAGAUUUACCGAAGGUUUCCAGACCAUUAUUAAUGCCUAUGGAACUGCGAAAUACCAGGAAGUCAACCCUGGGCUGCCUACUAUCGUUACCUUCCCAUUUUUAUUCGCUGUUAUGUUUGGUGAUUUAGGACAUGGCUUCCUAAUGGUCUGUGCUGCCGCCGCCAUGAUUUACUGGGAGAAACCACUUAAGAAGGUCCGCGACGAACUGUUCACAAUGGCCUUUUAUGGACGAUACAUCAUGCUUAUGAUGGGUAUUUUCUCCAUGUACACUGGCUUCAUCUACAACGACGUGUUUUCAAAAUCUCUGUCCAUCUUCCCCAGUGCGUGGGAGUGGGAUAUUCCCGAUGGUUGGAAAGAAGGCGACGUGCUAUUGGGAAAGCUGAAGGGCGAUUACCGAUAUCCGAUUGGAUUGGACUGGAUGUGGCACGACACUGAGAACGAUCUCUUGUUCUCCAACAGUUUCAAGAUGAAGCUUAGUAUCUUGAUGGGAUGGGUUCACAUGACCUACUCAUUGUGCUUAUCUUACAUCAACGCGCGCCACUUCAAGACGCCAAUUGAUAUUUGGGGUGUUUUCAUCCCUGGAAUGAUUUUCUUCCAGUCUAUCUUCGGCUACCUUGUCUUCGCCAUCGUCUACAAAUGGUGUGUUGACUGGUAUGCUAUUGGUGAAUCACCACCUGGGCUUUUGAACAUGCUGAUUUACAUGUUCCUGUCGCCUGGUACUGUUGAAGAACCUCUAUACCGUGGCCAGGGUCCUAUCCAGGUAUUCCUUGUUCUGCUUGCUGUUAUUCAGGUGCCCAUAUUGCUUUUCUUGAAGCCAUUUUAUCUCAGAUGGGAACACAACCGAGCUCGUGCGCAAGGGUACAGGGGCAUUGGUGAAACCUCGCGAGUCAGCGCUCUUGAUGCCGAUGAUGACGAUAGCAAUACUCUGGAUGGUAGAGCAAGUCUCAACAGUGAUAGCGAAGGCGUUGCUAUGAUCACACAAGAUAUUGGUGGUGAUGACGAGGAACAUGAGGAAUUCGAGUUCUCUGAGGUUAUGAUUCACCAAGUCAUCCACACUAUUGAAUUCUGUCUGAAUUGUGUAUCCCACACAGCUUCUUAUCUUCGUCUCUGGGCCUUGUCACUAGCACAUCAACAACUCUCAGUCGUUCUGUGGUCCAUGACCAUGGCCAUCGGUCUCGGCACUACCGGUCCUCUGGGAGUAUUUAUGCUCGUUGUUGUAUUCUUCGCCUGGUUCUUCCUGACCAUUGCAGUAUUGGUGGUGAUGGAGGGAACCAGUGCCAUGUUGCACAGUCUACGCCUGCACUGGGUGGAGGCAAUGAGCAAGCAUUUCAUGGGUGAUGGAAUACCUUUCGAGCCAUUUUCAUUCAAGACGAUGUUGGAGGAGGACGAGUCAGCUGCUGAUAUUAGCUAG